AUGACUGUUGACAUGGCAUUCGCCUUCUCCCAGCUGGGGCUGUGGAUCUUCAGAGAACAUCUGAAGGCUAAAGAGUGCAAUGGCGUCAAGGCUCCAAUUGAUACAAGCAAACCUAACCCUAAUGAGGUGGAGUUUGAUAACCUGUAUUUGGAUAUGAAUGGUAUAAUUCACCCUUGUACACAUCCAGAGGACAAGCCAGCACCCAAAAAUGAAGAUGAAAUGAUGGUUGCGAUUUUUGAGUAUAUUGACAGGAUCUUCAACAUUGUAAGACCAAGGCGACUUCUUUACAUGGCUAUAGACGGAGUAGCUCCACGUGCAAAAAUGAAUCAACAGCGGUCAAGAAGAUUCAGAGCAUCAAAGGAGGGCAUGGAAGCUGCUGAAGAGAAGCAAAAAAUAAGACAAGAAAUUCUGGCAAAAGGUGGCCUUCUUCCUCCAGAAGAAGUGAAAGAGAGAUUUGACAGCAACUGUAUUACCCCGGGAACUGAGUUUAUGGACAAUCUUGCUAAAUGUCUCCGCUAUUACAUUGCUGACCGUUUGAACAGUGACCCAGGGUGGAAAAAUUUGACAGUUAUUUUGUCUGAUGCUAGUGCUCCUGGUGAAGGUGAACAUAAAAUCAUGGAUUACAUUAGAAGACAAAGAGCUCAACCAAACCAUGACCCAAACACUCAUCAUUGUCUGUGUGGGGCUGAUGCUGAUCUGAUUAUGCUUGGGUUAGCUACACAUGAACCAAACUUCACUAUAAUUAGGGAAGAGUUUAAACCAAAUAAACCCAAGCCAUGUGGUCUUUGUAACCAGAUGGGUCAUGAGGUUAAGGAUUGCCAAGGUUUGCCCAGAGAAAAACAAGGCAAGCACGAUCAGUUUGCAGACAGUCUUCCUAUCGCUGAACAAGAAUUUAUCUUCAUCCGAUUAUGUGUUUUGCGAGAGUAUUUGGAAAGAGAACUCACUAUGGCCAGUUUGCCUUUCACUUUUGAUUUUGAAAGAAGUGUUGAUGACUGGGUCUUUAUGUGCUUCUUUGUGGGAAAUGACUUUCUUCCUCAUCUACCAUCUUUGGAGAUCAGGGAGGGAGCAAUUGAUCGCUUGGUUAAUAUAUAUAAAAAUGUGGUGCACAAAACUGGGGGGUACCUCACAGAAAGUGGUUUUGUCAACCUACAGCGAGUCCAGAUGAUCAUGUUAGCUGUUGGAGAAGUUGAAGAUAGUAUUUUCAAAAAGAGAAAAGACGACGAUGAUAACUUUAAAAGACGGCAAAAAGAAAAAAGAAAAAGAAUGAAGAGGGAUCAGCCUUCUUUUAUUCCCGGUGGACAGUUUUCCCCUCAAGCUCUGGGAAAUCGAUCUAGUCCUCAGGCAAUCAGUAACCCUAGACAAGCCGCCUUUGAGAUGAGAAUGCAUGACAGACAGAACUCUACAACUUCAUCAUCUCCAAAUACCAGCCUCACUUCUGAUGGCAGCCCAUCCCUGGCAGGAGGAAUUAAGCGAAAAGCUGAAGACAGUGACAGUGAACCUGAGCCAGAGGAUAAUAUCAGGUUAUGGGAAACUGGUUGGAAACAGCGCUACUAUAAAAACAAAUUUGAUGUUGACGCAUCUGAUGAGAAAUUCCGUCGUAAAGUUGUACAGUCCUAUGUGGAAGGGCUUUGCUGGGUUCUCAGAUAUUAUUAUCAGGGCUGUGCAUCCUGGAACUGGUAUUACCCUUUUCACUAUGCUCCGUUUGCUUCUGACUUUGAGGGUAUUGCAGACAUGCCUUCAGAUUUUGAGAAAGGCUCAAAACCGUUUAAGCCUCUUGAACAACUUAUGGGAGUAUUUCCAGCUGCAAGUGGAAAUUUUCUGCCACCGACGUGGAGGAAGCUCAUGACAGAUCCGGAAUCAAGCAUAAUUGACUUCUACCCUGAAGAUUUCGCUAUUGAUUUAAAUGGGAAGAAAUACGCUUGGCAAGGUGUUGCGUUAUUGCCGUUCGUUGAUGAGCGACGCCUUAGAGCUGCCCUGGAAGAAGUCUACCCUGACCUCACUCCUGAAGAAAGCAGAAGAAAUAGCCUUGGUGGUGAUGUUCUCUUUGUUGGAAAACACCAUCCUCUCUGUGACUUUAUUGUGGAACAGUACAAGACCAAAAAUACAGAGCCAGUGGAUAUACCCCCAGAGCUGUGCCAUGGAAUCCAGGGAAAGCUUACAUUGAAUGAAAAUGCUGUUCUUCCAGAUCAGACGGUGGAGUCUCCUGUUCCAAUGCUGCGUGAUCUUGCACAAAAUUCUGCAGUCAGUAUCUCUUUCAAAGAUCCACAAUUUGAUGAGGACUUUGUUUUCAAGGCUAUAGUGUUACCUGGUGCAAAGAAACCUGCUCCAGUUCUGAAGCCAGGAGACUGGGAAAAAACCAACAACGAUGGCAGGCCUUGGAGACCGCAGCUUAGUUUUAACCGAGACAGAAAACCAGUCCAUUUGGACCAGUCAGCGUUUAGAACUUUAGGCCAUACGAUGCCAAGGGAAAGAGGGAUGCCAGGAAUGUAUGCCAAUGCAGUACCCCUUGGAACUUAUGGGAGCCCGUACACCAGGCCGCUUCUGACUGGGCAGCAGCAGAUUCCUAAAUUGUUGUCAAAUCUUAGACCCCAGGAGUCUUGGCGAGGUCCUACACCCUUGUUUCAACAGACGCCACAAAGAACUGCUGGGGCUGCUCCUCUUCUUGCCUGGAACCGCAUGCUGCAAUCCCAAAAUCAGUACCAGCCAAGUCAGUACCAGGGGCUGGGCGGACCAAUGAGUUACCCACAGAGACCUGAAGAUCGGAUGGACAGGGGAAGGCAGGCAUAUGGCCCCGGGAGGCCCUACCCGCUACCACCUCCCUCAGGAAGAUACAGCUGGAAUUAGCUCUUGACUGGGUUUUUUUUGUGUGUGUGUUGGGGUUUUUUUUUUUGUUGGUUUGUUUGUUUGUUUUU